AUCCCGCAACCCCAGCAAAGUGAUGAUUCCAGUCUCCUAGAUGUCGGAAAAACGUCAAGAUGAUUGGUCCUGAAGCCGCGAACUAGGUCGCAACGAAUGAAAGACAUGUGCUCGGUCGACUUACCCCAGUCUCUUGUUCCCGAAUCACCCCACGAACCUGGGGUUUCCUCCCAGGAAUACGGUAAAUGGCGAUCAUAUCUAACUUCUUAUAGAAAUGUCAGUGUGUAGUUGUAGACCCUUUAUUCGCGGCCAUGUCCAUAUUAUGUUGGCUCGUCUGAUUUAAAAGACAUGCGUAAAUCUCAUGAGCUUCCAAUUUCCUGUAACCCAUCAUCGUUCAACUCAGCGGCCCUAGACCAAAACAAUCCGCCGUCAAGACCUCGGGGCUGCUAUUCACAUCUGCCAAUUUCUGUAUUUUCAGGAGCAGAAUGACUUCAACCAAAGAGCACUCGGAAUAUCUCGAGGAGCCUCCACACCUUGAGGUUCCACGGGUAACAUGGUAUAAGCACGCCGGUUUGCGGAGCCUAUACAUAAGGAUGCCAAUCCUGAUGCUGUGCGCCACCAUUAAUGGAUAUGAUGGGAGUCUCUUGAAUGGUCUCCAGACCAUCGAGAAUUGGCGAGCCUACUUCAACCAUCCUUCCGGCUCUACUCUUGGCCUUUUCACUGCCAUUGUCAACAUUGGUGGUUUCAGUGCACUGUUCUUCUCUCCGUACAUUGCAGAUUUCUAUGGCCGUCGUAUCGCAACUGCUAUUGGCAUCGUCAUUCUUGUCGUCGGCGUCAUCAUCCAGUCCGUUCCGAGUGUCAACGAAGGGAUGUUUAUCGGAGGUCGUUUCCUCGUGGGAUUCGGAUCCAACAUCUCCAUCGGGGCCGGUCCGCUGCUGAUCAUGGAACUCGCUUAUCCCCAACACCGAGGCAGACUCACCGUGAUGUAUAACAGCCUUUGGUAUGUCGGAAGCAUCGUCGCCGCCUGGACCGUUUACGGAACGAUUAAGUACACCGGUCAAGUGUCGUGGCGGGUUCCCGUUGCUCUGCAAUGCCUCAUGCCGGUGCUCCAACUGGUUGGCAUAUUCACGUUACCUGAGAGUCCUCGUUGGUUGUGCUCAAAGGACCGAUCUAGCGAGGCCUUUGAGAUCUUGGUCAAGUAUCACGCCAGUGGAGACCGCGAUGACCCAUUCGUCCGGGCUGAGUUCGCCGAGAUCCAAGAGACCAUCAAGCUUGAGAAGCUUGCAGCGGAGACGGGGUGGAUGGUCUUUUUCCAGACACCAGGAAACCGCAAGAGACUGAUGCUCAUUGUGCUUACAUCGUUCUUCUCUCAAUGUUCAGGAAAUGGCCUAGUCUCGUACUAUCUUCACGACAUUCUGAGUUCCGUUGGCAUCGACGAGCCCAACUCCCAAUCCCUGUUCAACGGCGGUCUACAGAUUUGGUCGUUUCUCGUUGCAAUCUGCUUUUCAGUCUAUUUCAUCGAGAAGCUCGGCCGCAGAAUUCUCUUUCUCAUCGCUGCCGUCGGGAUGCUCGUUGUCUUCAGUGUUUGGACUGGAUGCUCUGCAGUGUAUGCCCAAACAGGCAACAAAGACGCCGGAUCCGCAGUUUUGGCGAUGAUCUUCCUCUUCUACGGAGUCGCUGGUUUCGCGUGGCCUGGCUUGACGGUCGCCUACUGCUCCGAGAUUCUCCCAUUCAGCAUACGAGCCAAGGGACUGGCGAUCUGCCUAGGAGUGACGGCGCUCUCUGGUGUCUUGAAUCAAUACGUCAAUCCUAUCGGGCUCUCGUCGCUGGCUUGGAAGUUCUAUUUUGUCUACAUCGUCAUCUUGGUCAUCGAGGUGGUUUGCAUCUGGUUUCUCUUUGUGGAGACCAAGGGGCCUACUCUCGAGGAAAUCGCCGUCUUGUUCGACGGCAAGGAUGCCAAAGUUUCCAAGGAGGCGGGAAUGGACGGCGAUGCUACGUUUGAGCAGGUGGAGGUCCGUAAGGCUGUGGAAAAGGUCUAGGCAUUAUCCACAUAAGAAACAAGCCAGCGAAGGUGUUGUGGGCUUAACAGGGUGGAAGCGACUGUACGGAUCGGUUCCGGAGAGACGAAUGUGGGUUGCCGGUUGGACACUGGACAGCGGAGGCAUGCCGUGUCGCCCGUCGCUUGAGACCGGCUUGUCAAGCACGGAGAAUUUGAAUCAAAACGACCAGGGGCUUCCCUGAGUAUCAAAUGUGUGCGAAUCCGUGCUGUUGUCAGUUGACGUGUUGACGAGGUGACUGAUAAAGUGCGUCCAUGCUUCUUCUCCUUGUCAUAAACUAGCAACGUCGAUCCAACAGCGUCGCAACCCUCAUCAUGAAAGGCAGCAAAAAUAACG